UAACCUAACCCAGAGACAAACAGUCUCUGCCUAACCUAACAUCUCUGAUUGCCUGAAUCUGAAUCAUAACUGAAUUUAGUGAAUUUACAUCCACCAUCCACAUAUUACCAAAGCAGAGUGUCUUUGACCAAAGGGUACUACAUCCUAGUCCACAGUUCAAGUUUUUAAAAUCAAAAAGUAUCUUAAAGUAAAGUCAAACAAAAAUGGAUCUCAAUCCUGACGAAGAUAUACAUCUUUCUGCGGAGGCAUUUGCAGCUUUGCAAGAGUUUUAUAAGGAACAAGAGGAAAGGGAAAUAAUUGAUAAGGAAAAGAAGACAAGUGCAGAUAUACAAGAAAAUUGGCAAUUAAGUCAAUUUUGGUAUGAUGAUGAAACUAUUCAGAAGCUUACUAGUAUUAUCUUGCGAACAGUAGGAAAAAAUGGAAAAAUUGCGUUGAUAUCAUGUCCUUCAAUUUACCCAAUGAUCAGAUCUGAAAUUGAAGGAGGAGAAGUACAGCUUUAUGAAUUUGACAAGAGGUUUUCAAUGUAUGGUGACGAUUUUAUAUUUUAUGACUAUAAUUCUCCUUUAGAAGUCCCUGAAAACAAAGCUUCAUAUUAUGAUUUGAUAGUAGCAGAUCCCCCCUUUCUGUCAGAGGAAUGCUUAUCUAAAACAUCUAAAACCAUUAAACAUCUGAUGAAGGAAAAAAUAAUAGUAUGUACAGGAGCUGUGAUGGCAUCAUUAGCAGAGAAAUAUCUGAAUUUGAAAAGAAUUGAUUUUGAACCAAAGCAUAAAAAUAAUUUGGGUAAUGAAUUCUGGUGUUAUACAAACUUUGAUGAGAAUAUACAGUUUGUAUAAAAUAAAUAAUUUUAUUUUUCUGUUCAUA